AUGGCACGUACCAAGCAAACCGCACGUAAAAGCACUGGUGGCAAAGCUCCCAGAAAACAACUCGCAACAAAAGCUGCUCGUAAGUCUGCACCAGCUACCGGAGGUGUAAAGAAACCGCAUCGCUACAGACCUGGUACUGUCGCAUUGCGUGAAAUCCGUCGUUAUCAAAAGAGUACCGAACUUUUGAUCCGCAAGUUGCCUUUCCAACGUCUUGUACGUGAAAUCGCGCAAGACUUUAAAACGGACUUGCGCUUCCAGUCGAGUGCUAUUGGUGCUUUACAAGAAGCUGCAGAGGCUUACUUGGUCUCCUUGUUUGAAGAUACUAAUCUCGCGGCUAUUCAUGGACAGGAACAGAUACCACUGAGCAAAAAGUUUUAUCAAAUGAUGAUGCAUACGUUGGAUUUGGCAAAUUUUCCCGUCACAGACACGCUCAAGAUGCUGGCUUCGCUACUCGAGAAAAUAACCCAGGCAAACGACCAACUAAAUAGCUCCACGGCAGUGACACAGUCAACAUCACCGUCAUUCACGCGUUUCCACGCGCGUUCGGUGCCUUCGAUUGACAUUUACUCGUACUUGGCUCGAAUUUUGAAGUACUGCCCCACAACCAAUGAAUGCUUCCUGUCGUUGCUAGUGUAUUUUGAUCGAAUGUCAAAGAAUGCGUUAGCCACCACAGGCAAGCCCUUCUCAAUAGAUUCUUUUAACAUUCACCGACUAAUAAUAUCCGGUAUCAUGGUGUCUUCAAAGUUUUUUUCAGACGUAUUUUUCACAAAUUCAAGAUAUGCAAAGGUGGGAGGACUACCGGUAUCGGAACUGAAUCAGCUCGAGCUAGAGUUCCUGGUGUUGAACGAAUUUCGUCUGGCAAUAAACAUAGAAGAGCUGCAACGAUAUGGAAAUCAACUAUUGAAGCAUUGGGUGCAAGAGGAAGAGAUGAAGCAAGGGCCUUUGUAUGAGAAUGGUUUGCGAUUUCCUACAACAAAUGGUAUUAUUACUAGUAAUGGUGUUAGUAGGUGGGAUUCACAGCAUGCGAAUACACUUAAUAAACGUUCAAGGCGUAUAACUUCAACAGAUGACACGAAUACAAGCAAAGGAGGCGGAUCGAAGGCGAUGAAAGAAGAAGAUGAACAACAGCAGCAACAGAUACCAGAAACUCCAUAUUUCAUGCGUGGACAUCGUCGAGAUAGUAGCAUAUCGUCGACAAAAUCAUUGAACAUUAAUAAUGGUCCAUCAUAUCCUUUGCCAUCAUCGCCACAACCUUUUUCAUCUAAUCAGCAACAAGGUUCUAAUACUCCUCCGGUACGCAUAAAUUCAUAUUCUGGAACUUCACCGAAUUCUUCGUCUGCAAUCUUGACUAAUAAUUUACCACAACAACAGUCAUCAUCGUCGUCGUCAGCAUCCAAUACGAUUAUCAACGGGUCACCAAUGCGUAGCCCAUUUCCGUCAGGGGUGAUAAAUAACCAUCACAUACAUAAACCAUACCCACAUCAUCCGCAUCAUCAAUCUCAACACCAAAGAUCCUAUAGUAUGGGUUCAACGAUCAAACGUGCCAAUAGCAGUGGUUCGCUGUUAAACAUGCAACGUUCACGAAGUAGAGAUUUCAGUGAUGAUUUAUUUCAUCAACGAAAUUCACCAAAGUUGUUGAUGAAUCCCGAGGAUCAUGCGUAUCGAACUGCAGCUGCUCCUUUUCCAUCUGGACCUUCGUCAAAUCUUAAUGGCUCGUCAUCAUCGUCCGCGGUCUCGUCCUUGGCGAUACCUUCAUCCAAAUAUAAUGGUAAUGGUAUGACUUCUAAUGGAAAUUCAUUGUCAACAACAUCUUCUAAUCGUAACCUUAGUGUUCUCAUGAGACGAAUGUCACAUGAAUAUCCUCUUAUUAAUCCUAAUAAUAGUAGUAUUAAAAAUGGCUAUCAACAAAAUCCUAAUUCUUACACUUAUAAUAACUUGUAUCAAUCUCCAAAUCAAUCCCUUCCUAAUACCCCUUCAACAAACGUUCCACCUCCCAUACCAGGAGUCACAUUUAAUCCGGCUGCGACAAUGGCUGCUGCCGCCCAUGCUGCGAUGAGUUACGCUCGAAGGGCAUCACUAGCUUUACCGCCUUUACCGCGACAUCCGAUAACCGGAUUUCAUAACAAUUCUAUACCAUCACCCAUAUCGCCCGUGCCUCCACCAUCCAAUGAAUCUAUGGGUCCCGGAAUGAUGAGACGCGGCUCAGUACCAUCAUGGAGUAGUAACAAUAUUUCAGGUGCUGGUGGUGGAGGUGCCUGUCUACAUUCUGAUACUAGAAAUAUUACGCAGAAUGGGAUAGGAAUGACAAAUGGCUCAACAACUUUACCAAUACCAAUGAAUUCUUCAGCAAUCAAUGGUAAUGGACGUGUACAUAUGCACGGCGUUAACGGAAUGUCUAAUGGUAACAAUAUGAUUCCUGGUAGUGCACCAGAUCUGGUAAGACGAAGUAGCUGG